GUAUUUAAUAACGUUAGAGGUGCGUAAUUAUGGAAUAUCUCGUUCCGGGAAUUCAGUGAAUGAUUAUUAAAAAAUUAUCGUAUUUUUAUAAAUUGGCAUUUGUUGUGUUUUUGGGAUAAGCCCUAUUUUCGGCAUUACUGGCCAAACUUCAAUCAGUCAGUUGGCAGAUUCUGUUUUAGAAAAUAAGAAUAAAGCCCAAGAAAUCAGUAUGGCAUCAACAGAACAGACCUGUUACACACUCAUAAAUGUAACUUCAGAUUCUGAGCCACCAAAUGAACUUCAGCUAAGAAGUGACCUUGAAAAGGGAGAUGUAACAGCUAAAAUUGAAGCUCUGAAGAAAACUAUUCACCUUAUGCUGAAUGGAGAAAAACUCCCAAAUUUGCUAAUGACUAUUAUACGUUUUGUUCUGCCUCUUCAAGACCAUACCAUUAAAAAACUGUUGCUAAUUUUUUGGGAGAUAGUACCAAAAACAACUCCUGAUGGAAAACUGCUGCAGGAGAUGAUUCUUGUGUGUGAUGCAUAUAGAAAGGACCUUCAGCAUCCAAAUGAGUUCAUCAGGGGUUCAACACUCCGUUUUUUGUGCAAACUUAAGGAACCAGAGUUGCUAGAGCCACUUAUGCCUGCAAUUCGUACAUGUUUAGAGCACCGACAUUCAUAUGUGCGCAGAAAUGCUGUUUUAGCAAUUUUCACCAUUUUCAAAAACUUUGACUUCUUGAUACCGGAUGCUCCUGAACUUGUGGCAAACUUUCUAGAAACAGAGCAGGACAUGUCUUGUAAAAGAAAUGCUUUCAUGAUGCUAAUUCAUGUUGAUCAGGAGAGAGCCUUAAGCUACCUAAGCUCAUGUGUAGACCAGGUUCAUUCAUUUGGAGACAUCCUUCAGUUAAUUACUGUAGAGCUUAUCUACAAGGUUUGUCAUGCCAAUCCAGCUGAGCGUUCCCGUUUCAUACGAUGUAUUUACAACUUGUUGAACUCAAAUAGUCCAGCUGUGAGAUAUGAAGCUGCAGGAACUCUAGUCACCCUAUCAAGUGCUCCAACAGCCAUUAAGGCUGCUGCAAGCUGUUACAUAGAACUUAUAGUGAAAGAAAGUGAUAACAAUGUAAAACUGAUUGUGCUGGAUAGACUUAUUGCUUUGAAAGAAUUGCCAGCUCAAGAAAGAAUUUUACAGGAUUUGGUGAUGGACAUUCUUAGAGUACUUACUGCAUCUGAUCUAGAGGUCAGGCGUAAAACUCUAAACCUAGCUCUGGACCUUGUUUCUUCUAGAAAUGUAGAAGAGAUGGUACUGGUUUUGAAAAAGGAGGUGACUAAAACCCACAAUGUUGUAGAACAUGAAGACACUGGUAAAUACAGACAGUUGCUGGUUCGUACUCUGCACUCUUGCUGUGUAAAGUUUCCUGAUGUUGCUCACACAAUCAUUCCUGUGUUGCUUGAGUUUCUGUCAGACACAAAUGAACAAGCUGCUGCAGAUGUGCUGAUAUUUGUAAGGGAAGCCAUGCAACGAUUCGAACAGCUUCGUUCCCUCAUUAUUAACAAGUUAUUGGAAGUUUUUUCUUCUGUCAAGUCUUCCAAGAUUCAUCGUGGUGCUUUAUGGAUUCUAGGAGAAUACUGUAACACUACAGAAACUAUUCAGAGCCUGAUGACAGAACUUCGACAAUCACUUGGGGAAAUCCCAAUUGUAGAUGAUGAAAUGAAAAAAGCGGCUGGUGAAGAGAAUGGUGAUAAAGAUGCAGAUCUAGCCAUGACAGCUCCUGUAAAACAGCUUGUUACAGCAGAUGGGACUUAUGCUACACAAAGUAUCUUUAGCACUACUACAAGUUCUAAGAAAGCUGAACAAAAACCACCAUUAAGGUCUUAUUUAAUGGAUGGAGAUUUCUUCAUUGGGGCUUCGAUGGCUUCCAGCCUGACAAAACUAGCUUUUCGUUAUUUGUCAUUAGUGAAUGAUCCCAAAAAACAAAAUUGUUUUGUUGCAGAAUGUAUGUUGAUAAUGACUUCAAUAAUUCAUCUUGGAAAAUCUGGAUUGACAACAAAGAGCAUAAAUGAUGAUGAUUUAGAGAGGAUAUCCUUGUGUCUCAAAGUUCUGGCUGAACGUUCUCCUCUGAUGAUCAAAAUAUUUAACUUGGACUGCAGAGAAUCUCUGUCAACCAUGUUAACCACUAAGAUUGAAGAGGAAAAAGAAACUGAGAAGGCUAAAGAGAAGAAGAGUAUCAUUGUUCAUGCUGAUGACCCUAUACCAUUCAGCCAGUUGGCAUCUAGAGGAGACCUUAUGGGAACAGAGAACAUCUUUGAGCUGAGUCUCUCCCAAGCCAUGGGUCUUGUAAAGAAGGAAAGUCCUGCUGAUCUGUCAUCCUCUAAGUUAAGCAAAGUAACUCAGCUGACGGGCUUUUCGGACCCUGUGUAUUCAGAAGCUUAUGUUCACGUGAAUCAGUAUGAUAUUGUUCUUGAUGUGCUUAUAGUGAAUCAGACUGCAGACACGCUUCAGAAUUGUACAUUAGAACUAGCUACAUUAGGGGACUUAAAAUUAGUUGAAAAGCCAACCCCCAUCAUUCUGGCACCUCAUGACUUCAGUAAUAUCAAGGCUAGUGUCAAAGUUGCUUCUACUGAAAAUGGAAUAAUAUUUGGGAACAUAGUAUAUGAUGUGAAAGGAUCGACAAGUGAUCGUAAUGUUGUGGUAUUGAAUGACAUUCAUAUUGACAUCAUGGACUACAUAGUACCUGCUUCAUGUACAGACACUGAAUUUAGACAGAUGUGGGCAGAAUUUGAAUGGGAAAACAAGGUAUCGGUUAAUACCAAUAUCACAGACCUUAAUUCCUAUCUUCAGCAUCUGAUUAAAUAUACCAACAUGAAGUGUUUGACACCAGACAAGGCUCUUUCUGGUGACUGUGGAUUUAUGGCUGCUAAUCUGUAUGCUAAAUCAAUCUUUGGUGAAGAUGCAUUAGCUAAUGUAAGCAUUGAGAAAAAUCCAAGCAAUCCCAAUGGACCUGUUAGUGGCCAUGUUCGUAUACGUGCUAAAAGUCAGGGUAUGGCUUUGAGUCUGGGAGACAAGAUUAAUGUAACACAAAAAUCCUCCAUGAAAACUGGAGCCUAAAACCUUUUAUAUAAUUUAUCUUUCUUGUUUACGUAUUGUAUUUCGUUAUU